GUUUGUCUUUAAAGUAUAAGUCAUUAUAAUAAACCUAAGCCAGCUUGAUUCUAGUUGUCAUUUUACUGUUAAUUUUUGAACUUUUUACACCUAUAUUUUAUAAAGAUGUCUCACACGGUAAAAAGAAAACUUCCUGAUAUAGAAAUGCCUGCUGAAUUUUCAACGCACACGAUCGGAGCAAUAAAUCGUAUUGAGGAGCGUCCAAACGUGAUGGGAAUUAUGUAUUUUCGAAACGGUUUCCUUCAACUAACAACAGCGCCCGAGACUUUAUCGCAUAUUUUAACUAGUAAAUUACCACCUAUGACUUCAGCUUUUAGAAGGGCCAUCAGUGAAAUAACCGCUUCAUUAAACGAAAUAAAUCCAAUAGUCGAUCGAAUAAUGGAGGAUGAAUCUGUGGAGGGUGUUAUUAUGACCAACCAAGAAGGGGAACCGAUUUUAACUAACAUCAAUUUAAUGAAUGCAACCAACUAUGGAAUUGCUAUGCGUAGACUAGGAGCUAUCACACAAGCCUCUAUAAAAGAUUUAGAUCCCUUCGACGAAGUAUUAAUUUUAAGAGUGACAACAAAGAAAUUGGAAAUAAUGACGGCACCGCAUUCUGAAUUUAAUGUCAUCGUGAUGCAACAUUCUAGAAUUAAAAGCAAACAUAAAAACAAAUAAAACACAUUACUAGUUGAAAUAUGCAGUUUUUGCUUCUUAAUAAAAAAUACACAAUAAA